AUGAGGAUCGUCUUUUGGGUCACAGCCUUUGCUGUGCUCAGCAUAACAUGCGCCAAAAACUCGACAGCGAAAACGAAACCGAAACGACAAUUAGAAAAUUUAAGAACCCCUCAGAAUUUACAAUACUCCUUAGUUCUUCCGCAUUCAAGAGUUGAACAUUUUCGGUCUUUGACAAACACAAGGCGGAUUUCUAAUGUUGCCCCACGAGGAGGAAAAUUGCCGCCAUACGCUGUUCAGAUGGAACCAGUUGUGCAGUACUCUCAGAAAGAUCCACUAUACGGUUUAAAUCAUGAAAACGUAGAAGAAACAAUUGUAAACAAAAAUGAAAUAUAUGCCCAACCAAAAAUUCUUAACAUUCAAGAUGGUCCUGAAAGUUCAUUCGGGCCUCCGUACGGUGCUCUACCCACAGCACCCCUCUAUAGCGAAGAAGCACACCCUCUCUAUUAUGACGCUCCAGAGCCUAUUAUAGAAAUUAUUAUUAAAGAAUCUAAUGAGUCACUGCCUGCUCCACCACCUCCUCCCAUUCAAAAAAAGAAAAAGGAACCAGUUCAAGUGUUUUACGUAAAAUAUAGUAAAGAUCCUCACUCUAAGGAUAAAGUAAUUUACGAAAAACCCAUACCAGCAAUUACACCUCCAUCCAAUGAUGAAGAUGAUCAUCAUGAAGAUUAUGUCACAGUGACACCUGAACCACUAUACGUACCAGUACAAACCACUACUUUAAGAGCAAUUAUUAAACCUGAAUCAGAAAUUUAUCACACCAAUAGCAACGUUAAAGUGACUUUUGGAAAUGACCAUCAUCAUUAUAGCAACAGACGAGAGGAAAGUCCUCAAGGUGAAGAUCGUGAAGAGACAGCGCCGAGACCAGCAAUUGCUUUACCUAAUCAACAACCUUUAGAGCGAUCUGCAUCUCCUAGACCGCUAUAUAAUGACCAUGAAAUAAAACACUCAAGCCAAUCAAACCAACAUGCUUUCCAACAAGGACAACAGGCACAAAACCGUAUUCAAUUUCAGCAACCGUUCAUUAGCCACGAACCGCAAUUACCAAGACAAGGUCCAACACUUGUUCCUUUUAGACCUCAACCUCUUCAAAAUAAUUUUGGCCCAUCUCAAUCCUUAAAUCCUCGUCCCACAUUUUCAAAUGUUUCUCCAAGUCCUAGUAAUAACUUUGGAAAUGUCGCUCCUACACUUCCAGGUCCUGUUGGCCCAAGUCUCGCUGCAUUUUCUAGACCAAAUAAUCCUCCAUUCCAUUUGCGGCCAAAUAAUGCACCAGUUUUCGGCACGAGGCAGCACUUUCCGCCGAGAUCUAGCUUUCAUUCAGGCCCUCAAAGACCUUUCCAUCAACCACAAAACUACUUUGAUGAAGCUAAAUACUUACAAGAAAAUUAUCACACCAUACAAACCGAUCAAGUUGAUUCCCCAAAAGUACCAUUGUUGCCAACUAGACAAAACUUUAAUGUUGGUCUUAAACCCGGUCCAAGCCCUACUCCUGUACAUUUUCCUGAACAUCAAAAUCGACCCCAACAGAUCAUUCCUUUCAAUCAACAAUUACCGCAUCAAAGACCUCCACAACUAUUUGACGGAAAUAAAAAUAAGCAAACAAUAACCAACACACCUACUAGGUCACCAUUCUUUAAUUUGAAGCCAUCACCUCCCUAUAUCGAAGACAAUCGUACUCCCUUCCAGCGCCAACCUUCGUCACCUCAACAACAUGUCAGUUUUCAUCAAGGUCCACGACCAUCAGUUCAAAUAAGUACUCAAGAACAUAGCCACCUACAAAACUCAUUUUCAGGUAUAAUUUCACCAUCACCUUCUCCUUCACCAUCUCCAAUCCCUAAUAACCAAUUCCUUCCACAUCCAUCUUCAUCUCCAUUACUCAAUUUCCAUCCUCAGCCUUCCUCAAUUCCAAAUCAAGUCAAUUUCCAACAACAGAUUGGGCCAUCAGAUAGACCUCAAAUUCAACAAAACAAUUACCAAUCUAUUUCUAAUUCUGAGCAUCAACAAAAUAUUAAUCAAUUCGUGCCGAAUGGUGGAGAAUUAGUUCCAGCUAUUUCUAAAUAUGAACAACACAUAAUCGUCAAUAGACCAAAUGGUCAAUCAAAUUUAAAUGGAUUUAAUUCCUUAAGUCAAUCAACACCUCCUACCAGUCAUUCUGAACAACAACUUCAACAUCAACAACAACACCAGCAACAACAUCAGCAUCAACAACAGCAACAACAUCAGCAACAACAACAGCAACAUCAACAACAACAACAUCAACAACAACAACAUCAACAACAACAUCAACAACAACAACAUCAACAACAACAGCAGCAACAACGACAACAGCAACAACAACAGCAGCAUCAACAGCAGCAGCUACAGCAACAACAGUAUUUUGAUGCAGAACAGGAACAGGUCAGAGAGCAACUAGCACAGAACGUUAAAAAACAGCAAGAAGAAAUACAACGUUUACAAGUUCAACUACAAUAUGCUCAACAUCAGCAUCAACAGCAACAACAGCAAGAGCAACAGCAGAAUUCUCAGUAUGAACAACAUUUUAAUCAAUAUCAGCAACAAUCCCAACCUAGUUCCCCUAAUCCUCAAUAUGUACAAGAAAGAUCAAAACCCCAAACCAACUAUGUUACCAGCACAGCAUCUUCACCUUACUACCAGUCUACUUCUAGGACUGUCGAAAUUAAACCAAGUACGCAAAACUAUGUGUCUUCUACAGCUAAUAUCGUAAGCAGUACAUCAGCACCGCAGAAAGAAGAAAAGAAAAAACCUGCCAUUGAAUUACCCGAUGAAGUUCCAGAUGACCUUAGACAGCAAUUACUUUCUUCGGGUAUUUUAGACAAUGCUGAUAUAAGUAUUUUGGAUUAUGAUAAAGUAGGUGAUACGCCUCUCGAAUCUUUACCUCCAGAUCAAUUAGCAAACUUUUUCAGUGCCGGGGGAGGUCAACAACUAGCAUCUAGUGAGCAUAGACCUAUUGUUGUAAAGCCCAAUGGUGAUAGCAUUGAAUCUAGAAUCGAUGACAAUUUCAAUGAGGAUGAUCAAGAUAUUGCUGCAUCUGAAAAUGUACCGAGUUACGUAGCUCCUCCUUCGAGUCAAGGUGUUGAAAUGAAAGUUGUUCAUUUUGAUCCUAAAACACCAGAAGGUCAACAACUUGCAAAUGAUUACGUUAAAAAAGAUGCUACUCAGGUAGAUCCUGUUGCUUUAAAUGAUAAAAAAUAUAAUAGAUAUCUUCCUCUUAAAGUAAGUGGUAAUCAAUUUCCGCUACCCGAUAUCCUGAAAGGAAAGAAAAUAUCUUCUGUUGUUGUAUUGGCUCCAGUACAAACAGAGGCUUUAAGUGGAGAGCAUAUAAGAACAAAAAGGGCUGCUGAUGAUUUAAAAGGCAUUAAAUUUGUAGCUGGUGACAGCUUUCAUAACUUAUUAAGGAAACCCACGAAAGAUAAUUUUGAAAAAUGGCUAGAUGUUGAAAAGAAAACAGCUACUGAUGAACAAUCUGUUAUUCUUUUAGUAACUGAAGACGAGGAACUUUCAGGAGAAAGGGAAAUCUUCAUGUACGAUAUUACAUCUGGCAAAGUAAAUAAACUAGAUGGUGAGCUUUCAAAUGCCUUUGUUGAAGCAGCAGAAAAUAAUUCAUUAAGCAAAGAUUUUGAAAAAUUAGCUAUUGAAGGAGAAGGUACCCCUGAAAAUUUUGACAAGGAACCUAAAGAUGCAGUUGGGGAGGGAUCUGAAAAUGUGCCAUUAUUAGUCGAUUUAUCAGGAGUCCGCCUGGAUAACGAUAAUAAUGGAGUAUUAAUUUCAUCAGGGUAUAGUAAAACAAAACGAGGCCGAGCAAUCAGAAGACAU